AUGCACAACGCAGACACAAUCAAAUAUUUCGGCCUCUGCCUCACAACAGACGUCACCUUCACUGACUUCAGCCUCACAACAGACGUCACCUUCACUGGCUUCAGCCUCACAACAGACGUCACCUUCACCGGCUUCAGCCUCACAACAGACGUCACCUUCACCGGCUUCAGCCUCACAACAGACGUCACCUUCACUGGCUUCAACCUCACAACAGACGUCACCUUCACUGGCUUCAACCUCACAACAGACGUCACCUUCACUGGCUUCAACCUCACAACAGACGUCACCUUCACCGGCUUCAGCCUCACAACAGACGUCACCUUCACUGGCUUCAGCCUCACAACAGACGUCACCUUCACCGGCUUCAGCCUCACAACAGACGUCACCUUCACUGGCUUCAGCCUCACAACAGACGUCACCUUCACCGGCUUCAGCCUCACAACAGACGUCACCUUCACCGGCUUCAACCUCACAACAGACGUCACCUUCACUGGCUUCAACCUCACAACAGACGUCACCUUCACUGGCUUCAGCCUCACAACAGACGUCACCUUCACUGGCUUCAGCCUCACAACAGACGUCACCUUCACCGGCUUCAGCCUCACAACAGACGUCACCUUCACUGGCUUCAACCUCACAACAGACGUCACCUUCACCGGCUUCAGCCUCACAACAGACGUCACCUUCACUGGCUUCAACCUCACAACAGACGUCACCUUCACUGGCUUCAGCCUCACAACAGACGUCACCUUCACUGGCUUCAACCUCACAACAGACGUCACCUUCACCGGCUUCAGCCUCACAACAGACGUCACCUUCACCGGCUUCAGCCUCACAACAGACGUCACCUUCACUGGCUUCAACCUCACAACAGACGUCACCUUCACUGGCUUCAACCUCACAACAGACGUCACCUUCACUGGCUUCAACCUCACAACAGACGUCACCUUCACCGGCUUCAGCCUCACAACAGACCCUCACAACAGUAUCAAGAUGGUCUUUAACUAA